UGCGCCAACAAACUCUACCACAACUACGGCUACAACUGCAGCAACAACUUCAGAUUUGAAUAUUCUACCACAACUAAGGCUGACACCACAACAGCCGAACCAACAGCCAGAACAGCAAACAGCUACGUUUGUAUUUACUUCACCCACUUCCACGUUUAAACGUAAGAAGCAACAACAGUUGUUGAAAGAAGAACAGGAAGUUAAACAACAAAAGCAACAGCAACAAGAACAUUAUAACAAUAACUUGUAUAAAAUUGGCAAAAGCCAAGAAAGGCCAAUAGGCACCACUGAAAGUGCAACAACCUUAAAUGAAGAUUAUCAAUGCAGGACUACAAUACAAAGCACAAAUAAUAGAGGAAGUAAUUUAACUCCCAAACGACAGUCUCUACUAUUGCAGCAACAACGAACCAACAACACAACAACAGCAACAAAUGAUACAAAGACGGUGAUAAACAAUAGUUUAGGUGUUACACUACCAGACACCGUUACAUAUGCCCCAUCAUCGUCAUCUACAUUCACAUCUUACAUCAGCGGAAACGGAACUUUAAACAGAAACUCUAACGGUAACGGAUCUACGCGUUUAGCAUUCAAAACGCACACACUGCCAGCCAUAACAAAAACAUCCACCCAUUCAACAUUCAUUACGGAUGGUGUGGUGGAUUUGGUGGCGGCUACCAACCGAACAGCAAAAUCAAAAGGAAUCGCAGGAAAAGGCAGUAACAUUAACAGUAACAGCAACAACAACAAACUGUCCGCAUCGUGUAAACGUCGUCAGAAAAUGCAAGCCAGCAGUAGUGGCGGCAGUGGUACGACAACAACAGCAAAGGGCAACAGUACUUCUAGUCUAAUGGAUGACAUUGAAAUGCAUUUGGGUUUAAUUGGAUGGCGCAAAAAGUGUCUGUACACUUUACUUGUGCUGCUAAUGCUACUGAUAAUCAUAAACUUAGGACUAACGCUAUGGAUAUUGAAGGUCAUGGAAUUCUCAACGGAAGGUAUGGGCCAACUGAAAAUUGUUCCUGGUGGCAUACAACUAACUGGACAAGCUUUAAUUAUGGACAUGUUAAGAGCAUCCACAAUACGCUCAAGGCAUGGGCAACCUAUAGCAAUAGAAUCAUCACGUAAUUUUUCAAUCAAUACACGUGACACGAAUGGUAUGCUCGAAAAUCAUUUAUUCCUGGGACACGAUAAGCUUGAGUGCAUGGCGACAGGUUUUCGUAUCAAUGAUACAAACGGAAGAAAUUUAUUUUCUGUAAAUCGUAAUGAAGUUACAAUCGGUGCACACGCUCUAAGAAUUGAUGGUGAAGGUGGUGCCAUAUUUCGAGAGUCAAUACAGACACCGCAUGUACGUGCCGAACCAGGACGUGAAUUAAGAUUGGAAUCACCCACACGUCAAUUGGAAAUGACAGCUGCAAAGGAUAUAAAUUUUCAAUCACGUGCAGGAGGUAUUGAAAUCUCAGCACUGGAGGAUGUUAAACUGACAGCACUGGAUGGCAGUCUUCGCUUUGAAUCCUCCAAGAUUUUCAUGCCCAACCUACGUACGGUGCAAUUACCCCUGCCGGGGACACCACAAAGUCGUGAGCAUCUGCAUCGUGUUUUUCAAUUGUGUGCCUGUGCGAAUGGUAAACUAUUUCUGGCGGCACCGCAUUCAAUAUGUGCCGGCGAUGAUACAACCGUCUGCAGAUGAUCAACUGAAGAAAACUAACAGGACAAUAAACAGAAGCAAACAAAUUAAAGAAAGUAAAACACAACAACAGCAAACUUUAUAAGAAAUAAAUAAGAACUGACAAUGCGCCUGAUGCAGGGGUUUAGAUAAAUACACUUAGAGAAAACCAACAUAAAUUAUAAAACAUAUUUAAAAUUAGAUUUUUAAAUAUAAAUAUAUAGACAUAAAUAAUAAUAAAAGAAACAAAAAAAAACAAAAUAAUUAAUAAGCCGCCGAAAGUUAUUUGAGAUGAAUUUUGUAUGUUGAUUAUAACCAAAAAAAAGAAUGUAUAAUUUAUUUUUAGUAUUUAGUAGAGUAUAUUAUAAAUAUUGUUUGUUAUUAACUAAAAAUAAACCAAAUACAUAAAAUGUAUGUAAAUAUUAUUAAAUAUAAAUUAGUUGUUGAUUUAGUCCCCAAAAAAAAAUAAAAACAAGAAUAUUGAUAUAACUAGCAAUUAUAAAAGGAAAAUUAAUAACAAAUAUGGCAAUUAUUUUGAAACAAAUUAAUAAAUUUAAAAACCCAAAAAAAAUAAAUAAAUUGAAAAACUAUUUAUAAAUGAGUAUGUGUCUAUUAAAAUUUAUAGCCAUGAAUGCAAAAAUACAUGUAUACUUAUGUAAAUUUAUAUAUAUAGAAAGUAUAUUAAACCCAAAUACAUAAAACAUAUUUAUAUAUACA